CCAUCGAGCACCUAUCAUCGCAGUGAGAGAGGGAGACAGGAGGGAGGGAACACAAGUGGAGGCGAGCACGGUCGCUGCAUCCUUCAUUUACAACCCAAGAAAAAUUAAGAAGGAGAUCCUCCAUCCUUUUUUUGUUUUUGCUCCAGCCUUUUUUUGUUCUUCAUUGUCCUCUUCUUGUGUAUAUGAUGAGCUCCAGCCUGCUGGAAAAUCCUGUGCAGGCGAUUUUGUACCUGCGGGAGCUCACCACCAUCGUCCAAAACCAGCAGAGCCUCAUCCAGACACAGCGCUCCCGUAUUGAGGAGCUGGACCGGCGGGUGGAUGAGCUCAUUGGCGAGAACAGGCACCUGCGAGAUGUCCGGGUACAACAGCAGCAUCCAUACCCUUCCUUCCCCCAUCUCCUUCAUCAUCACCAUCACCCCGAACCGGGCUGCCUCCAUCAUUUCCACCUCGUUCAGGACCUCCAGACCAAGACUGGUGCAAGUGCUCUGCCGGACCUAGAGGCAGCUCCAACGGUACAACAAGUCGAGGGUGCUACGGUGGUCCAACCCCCAGCUCUGGACCCAGGGGACAUGCAGCUGGUUCCGGCCGACCCUACCACGGUUUCGCCAGUGGAAAGUGACCCGGAAAACGGCGGAAGUUGCACAAGCUGCCGUUCUUUGGUUCCGAUGACCCCGACUACUCUUUGCAGAUCGUUGGCCCUCGCUAAGACAUCUGAAAGUGAAACGGUGCUGCAUCAGUUCUGUUGCCCUGCCCCCGAGCAUCCUGAAGUCGACACAAGUGGCUCUUCCAGUGGCCAGUUGCUGAGCCUGGAGGAUGGAACGUCCUCUGGAGGACAGGAAGUGGAGGGCACCAAGCGGGAGGGGCCCAGCGAGUAUGAAAUCUCUCUGGAGAAUAAAAACAAACAGAUAGAAGAGCUGGAGCAGAAAUAUGGAGGUCAUCUCAUCGCCAGACGCGCCGCCCGUCGCAUCCAGACAGCUUUCCGUCAGUACCAGCUCAGCAAAAACUUCCAAAAGAUCCGUAACUCCCUCUCGGAGAGCAAGUUGCCCCGCCGCAUCUCCCUGCGGCACCCUAGCCCCUCGGGCCGAAACCGGAAUAGCUCUCAGAGACAUAGUUACUCUCUUCAUCCGGGCGGAGGACAGAUACCGCUACGUUCCAAAACACCACCGCCGCCACCGUGCCGCUCUACAUCUCUGCCCCCUUCGCCUGCAUCUGCCCCGGCAGCAGCUGCAGCAGCUACCCCUCCGGUCUCAGGACCAGCUCCCACUCAAAGUCCUGGACCCUCACUUUCACAGCUGGAGGACUGCUUCUCUGAACAACUUCAUUCGCUGGCCCAGUCGAUAGAUGAAGCCCUCCGUGGUUGGAGCGUGUCAGAAGGUGGAGAAGGCAAAGGCCUCCUCAUGGACCCCAGUGCCCUUAGAGCAGCUGCCCAGAGUGCCUGCCUGCCCCGCAGCGCCAGCUCUCUACUCAUGGCCUUCAGGGAUGUGACAGUCCACAUUGACAGCAAUAGCUCAUACACCAUUUCCUCCGCUACCACCACCACCACCACCACCUCUCUUGGCAAUGCAGCUGAGGCGGGCAGCAGGAAGACCUCCUUGAGUGGGAUGGGUGGAGUAGGAUUUGGAGGAGGGGACGGACUGUCGGCGGAGGGUAUCGAACCGGAGUUUCCUGCACCGCCUCCCAGCGAGGAAUUGGAAAUGGUGGAUCCUGGAUCAAGGAGGGGUUCUGCUGUGCCCCUCCCGGGGUUGGGAGGAUUUCUGGAAGGGGAGAACAUCUUAGACAGAGCGGGGUCCACCUCCGCAUCUACCUCCACAUCCACCACCAUCGCCACCUCGACCCAGUCCAACCAGCAGCCUGCCCAGAUUUACACCCAGUACCAGCAAUACCACUACACUCACCCCCAGCAGGUGGCAGCGGGCACCAGCCCUGACGCCCUGCAGGCUCUGGUGGUCUCCUUGCCCAGGGACAGAUGCCAGGAUCCAGCUUCAUGCCGCUCUCCCACCCUCUCCACAGACACACACCGCAAGCGGCUCUAUCGUAUUGGACUCAACCUUUUCAAUGUGAACCCGGAGAAAGGCAUCCACUUCCUGAUCACGCGUGGCUUUGUCCCGGACACGGCCAUCGGCGUGGCUCACUUCCUGCUGCAGAGGAAAGGUCUGAGCAGGCAAAUGAUUGGAGAGUUUCUGGGCAACAGCAAGCUGCAGUUCAACAGAGAUGUUCUUGAUUGCGUCGUGGACGAGAUGGAUUUCUCCGGCAUGGAGUUGGAUGAAGCGUUGAGAAAGUUCCAGGCUCACGUUCGUGUGCAGGGCGAGGCGCAGAAAGUGGAAAGACUCAUCGAGGCCUUUAGCCAGCGCUACUGUAUGUGUAAUCCUGAUGUGGUGCAGCAGUUCCACAACCCCGACACCAUCUUCAUCUUGGCCUUUGCUGUGGUCCUUCUCAACACUGACAUGUAUUCACCUAACAUCAAACCGCAGCGCAAGAUGGGCCUGGACGACUUCAUACGCAACCUGAGGGGUGUGGACGAUGGAGCAGACAUCCCCAGAGAGAUGGUGGCAGGCAUUUAUGAGAGGAUCCAACAAAGAGAGCUGAGAUCCAAUGAAGACCAUGUUACCUACGUGAGCCGAGUGGAGCAGUCCAUCCUGGGCUUGAAAACUAUCCUGGCUGUACCCCACAGACGUCUGGUGUGCUGCUGUCGCUUGUUUGAGGUUCCCGAUGCCAACAAACCUCACAAACAGAAACUGUCGCAGCUCCAGAGAGAGGUCUUCCUCUUCAAUGACCUGCUCUUGAUCCUGAAGCUGUGCCCUAAGAAGAAAAGUUCGGCGUCUUACACCUUCUGUAAAGCAAUGGGUCUUCUGGGGAUGCAGUUUCACCUCUUCAGCAAUGAAUACUACGCCCACGGCGUCACCAUGCUGAGCCCGUUUACCUCAGAGAAGAAGCAGCUGGUCAGCUUUUGCUCGCCAAGCGGGGAGGAGCUCAGGAAGUUUGCAGAGGAGCUCCGAGAGGCUAUUUCCGAGGUCAACGAGAUGGAGCACAUACACAUCCAAUGGGAACUGGAGAGGCAACAAGGCAUCCAGCCACACAGCAUACACACAAAUGGCGGCCAAGUGGAUGUGCACACAGGACAUGGCUCCCCCUCAGGCCAACAGGACGUGUACGAUAAAACCGGCAACAACAACACAGUGGAGGUGUCAAUUCACAACAGGCUGCAGACCUACCAACUGAGCCAGCCCAGCGUUGAGGCCACGCCCCUGGCCCUGACCGCCCCACCCGCCUUGCUCAGCCCUGCCCAGGCUGCCGAGCUCCGACCGGAGACGCUCAUCCAAUGCCAGCAGAUUGUCAAGGUCAUCGUGGUGGACCAGAGCGGGCGGGGCCGCAUGGAGGCCUUCCUCAGCCAAGGCCCGGCCGCCCACCAGCUCAUUCAGUCAGCCAUGUCCACACCUGUGCACGUCAGGGAGGGGGACGGGCCCCAGCCCCCUUUGCCGCCACCCCCGCCCCCUUACAACCACCCCCAUCAAUUCUGCCCGCCUGACUCGCCCAUGCCGCUCCAUCACACCAUGCCUCUCACUCGCAGGCGUAACUCUAGUGGCUCCCGCAGCAUUGUCUGAGACCCCCCGGUGGGGCAACCCCCCACCCCCACCCCAUGCCUACAUGUUGGAACAAUUGUCACCCCUCUUUGAGUAGUAAGCAUUAAGAUACAGCCAAAAGAGCAACUAUGCUGUAGGAGUUCAACGAAAGGACAAAGAUCUGAAUCAUCAUCGUCAACAUGGACGCCAUUUUUAAAGAAAAUGGCAACCGUCACCUGGUAGGUGAAGAUGUCUGUCCAUGAUUCACGCCUCUUUGAAAAGACUAUUUUGAUCUCCAAAGGGAUGUUAGAAUCAUAUAAAUAUGAAGAACGUAUGCUUAUUUUUUCCACAGGAUGUUAUUAAGGGAAAAAAACCCCACCAUUUGAUUUAGCCCACGCACUGAAAUGAAUAAUCUCAGCACAACAAAUGGAGCUUCUCAGCACUGGAAUGAUUUCUUUCCUAUCUCGCUAAUUAGCUUAUCUGUGUCAUUUCUUAUUUAAAGAUAAGAUAAGGUGGAGCAAAAAAGGCUCUACCACAUCUCGCCUGCAUGUACAGUAUCAUGUCAUCCAUACACUAUCUUCUCACUUCUUGUGCGUGUUAAAAACGACACAAUGUCACGACACAGAGGAGUAUUACGGCCACGCAGAAAACUACAAAAUAACAAGAAAAAGGACAUAAUGUCACUAAAGUAAAGUUGUAUUUUUUCGGGAAAGUCAUAACUUGAAGGAAUACAUUUCUGUAAAGCUGUUACAAAUUAAUAGGCUAAUAUAAUUUUGAUAUGUUCAUUAUUAAACAAAGUCAAAAAUUAAUACAUUAAUGUAAUAAUGUAGUACAUUAAUUUAACAACCUUUUUUUCAUAAUAUUACAACUUUAUUCUUGUAAAAUGACUACAUUAUUCUUGUAAUAUUACAACUUCAUUGUAAUUUUAAGGUUUGUUUUCUAUAUUCUAAAAUGUUAUAUGUUGUAAAAUAAUUUAAUUGUCAUAAUAUUUUGAUGAUAUUCUUGCAGAAUUAGCCAUCCAUCCAUCUUCUAUAUAGCUUAUCCUCACUAGUGUCCCGAGUAUGCUGGGGCCCAUCCCAGCUGACUUCGGGCGAGAGGCGGGGUACACCCAAUCACAGGGCACAUAUAGACAAACAACCAUUCACACUCACAUUCAUACCUAUGGACAAUUUAGAGUCGCCAAUUAACCUAACAUGCAUGUUUUUGGAAUGUGGGAGGAAACCGGAGUACCCGGAGAACACCCACGCACGCACAGGGAGAACAUGCAAACUCCACACAGAGAUGCCCAAUGGAGAUUCAAACCCAGGUCUUCCCGAUCUCCUGACUGUGUGGCCAACAUGCUAACCGCUAGACCACCAUGCAGCCGUCUUGCAGAAUUAUUCUUAGUUUUAGUUCCUAUAAUCAUGACUUAUAACAAAUUUUUACUAUUAUCGUGAUAUGACUUUUUUUUAUCAUAGUAUUAUGACUUUAUUCUUGUAAAGUUGGGGAUUUCUUUACAAUAUCCCUCAAAAUUUAAAUUAUAACUCACAAAUUUACAAUGUAUUCUAACAUUUUUCACAUAUUAUGGUUUUCUCAUUAUAUGACGUGAUUUUUGUUAUUACUACUUUCUCAUAAUAUCACUUGUUUUACUAGAAUGUCUUUCUAAUUAGGACUUUAUUCUCCUAAAAUUAUGACUUGUUUUCAUAUCAUCAAACCCUAUGCAUCAUCAUGAAAUAAAAAAUAUAUAAAUUUAAAUAAUAAAUCAUUUUUUAAAAUGGCUAAUAAUUUGCACCAAAUGAGGACUUUGUUAUAUUGUUCUAUUGUUCUAUCAUGGCUUACUUUUUACGAAACUAAGGUCUUCUUCUAGUAAUAUUCCAACAUUAGUCUUGUAAAGUUAUUACUUUGUGUAAAUUUAUGACUUUAUUUUUGUUGGCCACAUUUUUUCUGAUAUUCCAACUUUUUUUUCAUAAAAUUUCAUUUUGUUGUCAUUUUAUGACAGUCUCCAUAAAAUUAUUCUAAAAAAAAUGUUUUCCUUGUAAUAUUACAGCUAUUGAAAUAACGUCCGUUUUAUGAUAUUUUCAGGAAAUUAUGUUUUUCUCAUAAUUCUAAAACUUUUUGUCUCAUAAAAUAAAACAACAAAUAAAAAAUAUACAAAUUUAAAUAAUAAAAUAAUUUUUAAAAAUGAUCAUAAUUGCACCAAAUUUGGACUUCAUCAUAAUAUCAUGACUUUAUUUUUUAAAACAUUAAGAUGUUUUUUUUCUUCUAAUACGACAUAUGACAGAUUUUAUUUGUAGUGUGGCCCUCAUGCUCCUUCAUAUUAAUGCUGUUUGCUACAAUGCUGUGGCAUUUAGCUGACAGAAAGUAACAGGAAGUGCUUCCAUUAGCUUCCUCAUAGGCAGCGUGCUAAUUGAUCCCUAACAGCCAACUUCUCCUCUUGUACAUUGAUGCCUGCAUAUACUGCCCCCCCCCCUGUGAAUAUUCUUGUUACCUUUCCAUUGAGGUCAUUCAUCAGCCAGGAGAUUCUAACUUGUAGCUUUAGUUGAAAUAAAGGACAUUAAAAAGGAGGGACAAGGGUGGACAAACACAUCACACACCCUCUUGCACUUUUACUUUCUUGCACAUUGAAAAUAUAUAUAAAAAAAUGCAGAGAUGCAUUCUUGUGCUGAAUGUUAAAUCAGGAAAAAGGAGCGGCGAGAUGAUCCGAGAAAAUAAUCGUUACUUGUCAUUUCAUCGCCGCGUCUGAGCCGCUUUGUACAGCAGAUACAUCCAAAUAUGAGACGCACUGAGCACGUCUGGUAACCUCUUUUGCACCGCAGAAUAUAUUGGAUAAAAUAUAUUGUACAUAGGUAUAAAUAUAAUAUAUAGAUUCUAUUCUGAGAAAGUGAUCCCUCGUUUGUGUGCGUGUGUGUCGAUGUCUGAAUUUGUACAGAGAAGAAUCUAGUUUAAAACAAAUAAGGAGAUAUAGUUGUUAUUAGUCACAUCUAACAUCAGUGGGGGUGUCCUAAAUCUUAGCGCGCAGGGAGGCGGCUUUUAUAGACUUUGGAGCAGUUACCAUGGCAACACAAUCGUCAUUACGGUAGCAUGUCAUGUUAUUACAGGAUUAUUAAGAGACGAUGUGUAAAGGGCUAUGCUGUUUUGGUCAAAACAUACACACACACACACACACACAUGCAAGCACAGCAGCCAAAUCAGUAAGAAAUACAUUUUAGGAACUGCUUGUCUUAUUUCCCUGCUUUGUUUUUUUCUUUUCCGUGAACUUUACCGACUGACUUGAUUCAGCAUGUUUGUGUUACGUUUGUUUGCAGCGACACAGGAGCGUUGUAUCGCUGUCGUCAGGGCACGUCCACUCAAUUGAUGUCAUUUUCUACCCUGUUGUUUUUUCUUUUUAUUUAACUUCCUCCCUGUCCUGCUUCCCUGCCGACCCCUCCAUCCCUCCUCCUCCUCCUCCUCCUCUGGUUGUCAUGGGGAUGCACCCGCCUCAUGCAUCCUCACUGUGGAGCACUGUCAUGAUGAAUAUUUGCACCCUCACUGUAUUUCUAAAACAAACAAAAAAAAAUCUGAUUUCUUAAAAGAGCAACAUGUUUAUUAUGAUUAUUAUUAUAAAAAAAACAUCCAAGUAUUUCUAAUUUUUUGUUUGUUUUGUUUGGAGAGAAUGAAAGAAUAAAGUAGUUUUUACUCUC